CUGUUGCUUUGUCGACACGUUAUAGAUUUACUUUUUGCGUAAAUCAGGCUCAGAUAGCCUUCUUGUCCCUCUGACCUUUCGAGAUUUGUUGCAUAUAUUUCAACUUGCCAUAGACGAUGUCAAACUCAGGCAACUAUGAGGCCGUAGCGGCUGAUAUCAAGAAGCUGCUACACCAGCCUGAAUACGACGAUGGGAGUGCUGGGCCUGUUCUUGUCCGUCUAGCAUGGCAUAGCGCAGGCACAUACGAUGCGGAGACCGACACUGGCGGCUCUAACGGCGCCGGAAUGCGCUACGAGGCUGAAGGCGGUGAUCCAGCCAACGCUGGUCUCCAACAUGCGCGUACGUUCCUCGAGCCAGUUAAGGAGAAGCAUCCGUGGCUUACGUACGCCGACCUGUGGACGCUCGCCGGCAUCAUCGCCAUCAAAGAAAUGGACGGACCAACUAUACCAUGGAAACCCGGUCGCACAGAUUAUGUCGAUGACAGCAAACUCCCACCUCGUGGUCGACUCCCCGAUGGCGCACAAGGCGCUGACCACGUUCGCUUCAUAUUCUACCGCAUGGGCUUCAACGACCAAGAAAUCGUGGCGCUGAGCGGAGCUCAUAAUCUCGGCCGCACGCACAAGGAUCGCAGCGGCUUCCAUGGACCGUGGGUGCCUAACCCGACACGUUUUUCGAACCAAUAUUUCCGAUUGAUGGUAGAAUUGGAGUGGAAACCGAAGACUUUGGAUAAUGGUGUCAAGCAAUUCGUGCACUACGAUGAGGAUCUAGAUGAGGAGUUGAUGAUGCUGCCGAGUGAUCUGGCGCUGAUUCAGGAUAAGGAAUUUGCGCCGUGGGUCAAGAAGUAUGCCGCAGACAAGGAGCUGUUCUAUCGAGAUUUUUCGGCCGCGUUUGCGAAGCUCGUUGAGCUGGGAAUCAAGCGUGACGAGAGCGGGAAGAUUGUCAAUGCGGACAAUGUGAAGGGUGGAUAUAUAUCAGCGCCGAAGAAGAGUAAUACACCUGGCAAGCCUCAGUCAUCGGGUGACGGGGCGUCGGAGCCUUUGAAGAGAGAAAACGAGGAGUUCAAGGAGAGGGCGAGGUUGUAGAGCUUAGAGCUUAGUGGCUUUGUGCGACGUUAUAGAGCACAUAUAGAUUAAAAACUGUGUACCACAUAGAUCGUCGAAGG